AUGCUCGCCCGCACAGAAUUCCUACGGAAGAAAGCCAGGCGUCAGAACUCACUACCUGAGCUGGAAGCAGCAGAGGCAGGAGCCCCGACUCCCGGCCCUGUGGACCUAUUCCGGGAGCUGCUAGAGGAAGGGAAAGGGGUGACCAGAGGCAACAAAGAGUACGAGGAAGAAAAGCGACAGGAGAAAGAGAGGCAGGAGAAAGCUCUGGGGAUCCUCACCUACCUGGGCCAGAGUGCUGCGGAAGCCCAGACUCAACCACCUUGGUACCAGCUCCCCCCAGGGCGGGGGGCGCCCCCACCUGGCCCAGGUCCAGAUGAAAAGAUCAAGCAGCGCCUGGACCCUCUGCGGGAGAUGCAGAAGCACUUGAAGGAGAAGAGGCGGCACAGUGGUGAUGGUGGUCACAGCAGAAAGGGAAAGGAGGGGCCGGACAAGCAGCGGCCGGAAGCACGCCCAUCCCUGGACCAGCUUCGAGCUGAACGUCUCCGGCGGGAAGCAACAGAGCGUGCUCGGGCAGAGGCCCUGCUGGCCCGAGUGAGGGGCACGGCCCCCCCGGAGGAACAGCCUGUGGAGAUGGACGAACGGCGGGGGCGGUACAACUCCCAGUUCAACCCCCAGUGGGCCCGGCGCCCUGCCAACAAGACCCCAGCGCUUACGGACUCCUGGGGGGAUAGGAGAGGCCGCAGCUGCCAGCCGUCAUAUAAAACUAUUUAUUCAUAA